AUGGCUUUGGUCGUGCACCUGAAGACGGUCACUGACCUGCGGGGCAAAGGAGACAGGAUUGCCAAAGUAGCUUUCAGAGGUAUGUCCGCAUGUGGGGAGGGCGGCUGGUACGUAGGCGGCGCUGGGCUGCAGGCACAGGGUCGGGGGUCCUCUGAUGGCAGCAAAAAGUUCUCCGCAGGGGAGUCGCUUUGGGGCUGCAGGAGCAAGGACAGGGCCCAGGUGAGAGGGGCUUGCUCACCUGUCUGCCACCGGGGCAGCUCCAACCUGAGAAACUGGGGGGCUCCCGCCAUCAUUUUCUGCAUGCCAAAGUUGGCUGGAGUUGAUUUUCUUUUUUUAAAGGGGAGGAUUCUGGUGGCUCCAGUUAGUCGUGGCUGUGUGGCCGCAUCCUCCCAAAGAAUCAUAGAAUUGCACAGUUAGCAGGGACCCCCAGAGUCAUCUAUUCCAACCCUCUGCGAAGCAGGAGUUUGUUUGCCCAAUGUGGGGCUUGAACCCCUGACCCUAACUCUCAUCCUCUACUGACUGAGCUAUCGUAUGGUAGUCAUGUUGCCCAAGUGGCUUAUAUAAAUUGAGACAGAUGGAGGAGGGAAGACUUGUUCCAGAUUCUUGUGAGACCCUUUGCAAAAGCUCUUAUUUAUUACGUAUUCAUUCUGUUGCUACCACACCUUUUCCUCUGUGGAGUUCGAGGUGGCUUGCAUUCCUCAUUUAAUCUCCACAACAUCCCUGUCAGGUAGGUUAGGCUGAGAGUGAGUGGCCAGCCCCAGGUGAUACUCAGCGAGCUCUAUGAGCCAAAUGGGAUUCGAACCCAGUUCUCCUCCAGGUCCUAGUCCGACACCCUCACCACUACACUGGCUCUCCCCACAUGGAGGAAGUCACAGUUGCUGAAAGAGCCAGCUCGGUCCUUGCGGAGCAGACAGGUCAGGGUCGCAUCCUGUACCACAACUGGGGGGCGGGAGAAGGUGACACAGGAGUGCCCUGCCCCUUUGCCUGGCUUCAGAUUCUUCCGCCGAAACUGCUUUCACGAAGAAAGCAAGGAACAGAGGAAGGAAGCGAUUUGAUACUGAGUCAGACCGUCGCUCUGUCUCCUUUUCUGCACUGGCUGGCAACAGUGAAAGUCUCCAAGGUUUCAAGUUGGGAUCUUUUCCCAGCCCUAACCCAUGGGUAGGCAAACUAAGGCCCGGGGGCCGGAUCUGGCCCAAUCGCCUUCUCAAUCCGGCCCACGGACGGUCUGGGAAUCAGCGUGUUUUUACAUGAGUAGAAUGUGUCCUUUUAUUUAAGCUGCAUCUCUGGGUUAUUUGUGGGGCCUGCCUGGUGUUUUUACAUGAGUAGAUUCUGUGCUUUUAUUUAAAAUGCAUCUCUGAGUUAUUUGUGGGGCAUAGGAAUCCAUUCAUAUAUUUUUUUCCAAAAUAGAGACCGGCCCCCCACAAGGUCUGAGGGACAGUGGACCGGCCCCCUGCUGAAAAAGUUUGCUGCCCUAACCAGAGAUGCCACUGAGGACUGAAUCUUUGUGCAUUCAGAGCUGCUGCUCCAACCACUGAGCUUACGCCCCUUCCCCUAGUAGCCUCCAGAAUCUGCCCUUUUUCCGACAGUCUCUCCAGUCCUAGUGGAACUCCUCCGAUCACCUCCUCCCUCAUUUCUGCAGUCAAUAAGCAGUUCCAACUGGCCUCUUGGGCCCAGCGAAGAGUCAGCGUGGUGUAGUGGUUAGAGCGCUGGACUAGGACCUGGGGGACCUGGGUUCAAAUCCCCACUCAGACUUGAAGCUCACGGAUGACAGUAGCAGCCACUUACCCUACCUUUCAGGGUCGUUGUACAGAUUAACUGAGGAGAGCGGUGAACCGAGGACUCUUUGGAGAGGAGAUCAAUCGUGGGAGAUCAAUGCAAUAAAACCAGUGCCCUGUUCUGUUUUGUGUUGACUGUAGUGCUGCUUUUUGUAUAUUUGUGGGGGUUUUAUUGUUGUUUUCUAUGCUAUCUUAAUUGGUGGAUCGGGGUGGAUCGGUAGGGCCAUAAAAAUGUUUUAAGGAAGCAAACAAAUAAAUAAAUAAAUAGGAGAGCCCAGACUGGUGAGACACAAUUUAAGAAGGAUGUUGACAAGUUGGAAGUUGUGCAGAGGAGGGCAACCAAGGUGAUCAAGAGUCUGGAAACCCGUAAGAUGCGGUUGAAGGAGCUGGGUAUAUUUAGCCUGGAAAAGAGGAGACUGAGUGGAGAUAUGAGAGCCAUCUUCAAAUAUCUCAAGGGCUAUCGCAUGGAAGAUGGAUCAAGCUUGCUUUCUCCUGCUCUGGGGGGGUAGGACUCGAACUCAUGGCUUCAUGUUACAAGGAAGGAGCUUCCGACUAAACAUACGGGGGUGGGGGACUUUCUGACAGUAAGAGCUGUAAGACAGUGGAACGGACUCCCUUGGGAGCUUGAGGACUUCCCUUCCCUGGAGGUUCUUCGGCAGAGGUUGGAUGGUCAUCUGUCUUGGAUGCUUUAGUUGAGAUCCCAGAGAUUGUAGGGGGUUGGGCUAGAUGUCCUUCAGGGUCCCUUCCAGCUCUGAGAGUCUAUUAUUCUUUGCUUUUAUGAGGCAUCCCUGCUCCCCAGUGCUUAAAUCUAGACUCUUAAGAGAACUAGGAGGAAAAGGCACCUUGUCCCUUUUUUCCAACUCCAGCCCAAAGUUCAGAGUCCAGCCUUACCUGGGGAGGUGCAAUACACAGAACCUCGGACUCUCUGCAGGCACAGCCUCCGCUCUGCCCCUUUCUUGUGACAUCUCCUCUAACAUAACCUUUGUGCAUGAAUGUGUGUAGAUUUCAUCACGCAGCUAUUGCAUUCGACGGCAUGCACACAUGUUCCAAACACAUCGCCUACUCUAGCAGGAUGCUCCAGGCAUCCACUGCAUGGAGCGAUAAUUUGAGCUUUUAAUUCUGCAGCCAUUGCAUCGGCAAUCCUCACCUGUGAGGUAGGCCAGCGGUCUUGUGACGCCCACCCUGUGGAAUGCCCUCCCAUCAGAUGUCAAGGAAAAAACCAGCUACCUGACGUUUAGAUGACAUCUGAAGGCAGCCCUGUUUAGGAAAGCUUUUAAUGUUUGAUUGCGUUUUUAAUCUUUUGUUGGAAGCCACCCAGAGUGGCUGGGGAAACCGAGCCAGAUGGGCAGGGUAUAAUAAUAAUAAUAAUAAUAAUAAUUAUAAUUAUUAUUAUUAUUAACAGCAACCUCAUACUGUGGGGAUGGUACUGAGGGCAAGCGAGACUGACUUUGCAGCUGGUGGCGUGAGAUUCGGACCUGGCACUUAGCAGCUCAUGCUGAGCUCCAAUAUCAGCUUUCACCCCCCCAUCAGCACCAAAUACAUUGAGCUGGUGUGCUGUUUUGCAGCAUAAGAAGAAAUUUGAAAGUAAUUCCCACCUCUCGAAACCCAGCAAGAGAAGUGGGCAAGGCUUGCCUCUCAGAACACUGGUUUCCCCUUCCAUGUCCACUCUAGUAAUGUUGUAAAGGUAAAGGGACCCCUGACCAUUAGGUCCAGUUGCGGAUGACUCUGGGGUUGCGGCGCUCAUCUCGCUUUACUGGCCGAGGGAGCCGGUGUACAGCUUCCGGGUCAUGUGGCCAGCAUGACUAAGCCGCUUCUGGCGAACCAGAGCAGCGCACGGAAAUGCCGUUUACCUUCCCGCCAGAGUGGUACCUAUUUAUCUACUUGCACUUUGACGUGCUUUCGAACUGCUAAGUUGGCAGGAGCAGGGACCGAACAACGGGAGCUCACCCCGUCGCGGGGAUUUGAACCGCCGACCUUCUGAUCGGCAAGUCCAAGGCUCUGUGGUUUAACCCACAGUGCCACCCGCAUCCCAUUAAGGGAAUGGGAAGGGCUAAAAUCCCCAGUUACCUGGUAGCUCUCUAACCACUACACAAGCCUACCUCUUGCGUUCCCAAGGGCUUGCAGGGCACACAGAAAGUAGAUUUGCACACCCAUUUCAGGUUCAGUCCCCAUGAUCUGCAAGUAGGGCUGCAAGAGAGCCCAGCUUGAAACCCUAUCAGUCAAGACAGGCGGGGUUGACCUAGAUGAGCGCCCUGGUCUGGCUUUGUGCAAGACAGCUUUCUGCAUUCCCAGGUUUCAGGGAGUUGGAUAUGGUUAGCCUGCAGAAGAGAAGUCUGAGAGGUGACUUGAUAGCCUGUGGGUUAGGGGCUGUUUUGCUCUGACUGUGCAUGAGCCACGCAGGGAUUACAGGGUACCAAAUCAACCAACCAACCAACCAACCAAUCAAUCAAUCAAUCAAUCAAUUAAUCAAUCAACCACUCCCCUGGGGAAACGUGCCUAGGGCUGCAGCCCAGAAUGCGCCACUUGUGACUCUGAACAGGGCAUAGAAAGUGGAAGACAGGCAUAUUCUGAAGUGCAUUUUCACUCCAGCUAAGGUUACCAGAUUUUUUUCAAUGUAUCCAGGGACACUUUUCAACUUCAACGGAUUUUGUUGUUGUUUAGUUGUUUAGUUGUGUCCGCCUCUUCGUGACGCCAUGGACCAGAGCACCCCAGGUGCUCCUGUCUUCCACCACCUCCCGCAGUUUGGUCAAACUCAUGCUGGUAGCUUCGAGAACACUGUCCCACCAUCUUGUCCUCUGUCGUCCCCUUCUCCUUGUGCCCUCCAGCUUUCCCAACAUCAGGGUCUUUUCCAGGCAGUCUUCUCUUCUCAUGAGGUGGCCAAAGUCUUGGAGCCUCAGCUUCAGGAUCUGUCCUUCUAGUGAGCACUCAGGGCUGAUUUCCUUCAGAAUGGAGAGGUUUGAUAUUCUUGCAGUCCAUGGGACUCUCCAGAGUCUCCUCCAGCACCAUCAUUCAAAAGCAUCCAUUCUUCAGCGAUCAGCCUUCUUUAUGGUCCAGCUCUCACUUCUGUACAUCACUACUGGGAAAACCAUAGCUUUAACUAUAGGGACCUUUGUCGGCAAAGUAAUGUCUCUGCUUUUUAAGAUGCUGUCUAGGUUUGUCAAAACUCCAUGGACAAAGACAACAGUGUGGGAUUUAGGCCCCAAAAAAUAAAUAAAGGGGGGGGGAAAUAUGCGCAGUGUGCAUAGGAAUUCGUUCAUAUUUUUUUUUCGAACUAUAGUCUGGCCCCCAACAGUGCUUGAGGGAGAGUGAACUGGUGCCCUGCUUAAGAAGUUUGAGGACCCCUGUUCUUAAUGCUUUUUAAAAUUUUAUUUUUAAAGUUACAUUGCCUUUUUUUGUUUGCUGUCCUGGGCUCCUUUGGGAGGAAGUGAGGGGAACCUUACAUGUCACUGAUUCAAGUCCCACACUGACCAGUUCAUUUCCACACCACACCCCUUACAUUAAAAAAAAAGACCAGCAAGUCUGCUUUGCAAGUGUUCCAAAAGCCCUUUAGUUCUGCAUCCUGGCAUGUGACUGAAUCCGACCCGGAAAUAGUGAAAAAUCUAGGAGCUCUCUCCCUGUGUGCCUCUGUUUUGCACAUAAUAAAAUGAAAUCACGUAUAACCAGCAGGGCUGUUAUAGAACUCUGAUUAAAAGGAGACAGCGGAGUAAUUUCAGAAGAAGUUAAAUAAUGUCGUACAAGAAAGCUGCAGAGAUAAGAGUGAAAUUCAAUUUAUGUGACUUUCACUGGUGCUUCAAUCAUGCUUCUCAUCUCAGUCUCUGUGCAGCGGCUGUAAAUUUAGCAGCUCUGAGCAGGAAACCCUUCUCUUGGGUAGACAGAAUAAUACAAUCAUAGGGUUGUAGAACUGGAAGGGAUCCCAGGGGUCAUCUUGUCCACCCCCCUGCAAUGCAGGAAUCAAAGUGGAAGAGAUCCUGGCAGGUGGUCCUCCAACCUCGGCUUAAAAACCUCCAAGGAAGGGGAGUCCAUCACCUUCCGAGGGAGUCCGUUCCACUGACAAACAACUCCUACUGUCAGAAAGUUCUCCUUUAUGUUUAAUUGGAAUCUCCUUUCUUGUAACUUGAAGUCAUUGGUUUGAGUCAUUGGUUGAGGUCCUACCCUCCAGAGCAUGAGAAAAUAAGCUUGCUCUAAUAAUAAUAAUAAUAAUAAUAAUAAUAAUAAUAAUAAUAAUUUAUUUAUACCCCGCCCAUCUGGCUGGGUCUCCCCAGCAACUCUGGGUGGCUUCCAACAAAGUAUUAAAAUACAGUGGUUUGUUAAACAUUAAAAGCUUCCCUAAACAGGGCUGCCUUCAGAUGUCUUCUAAAAGUCUGGUAGUUGUUCUUCUCUUUGACAUCUGGUGGGAGGGAGUUCCAUAGGUGGAUGCCACUACCGAGAAGGCCCUCUGUCUGGUUCCCUGUAACUUGGCUUCUUGCAGUGAGGGAACCACCAGAAGGCCCUCGGCGCUGGACCCAGGUGACCGGGGUGGAGACGCUCCUUCAGGUCUACUGGGUCGAGGCUGUUUAGGGCUUUCAAGGUCAGCACCAACACUUUGAAUUGUGCUCGGAAAUGUACUGGGAGCCAAUGCAGAUCUCUCAGGACCGGUGUUAUGUGGUCUUGGUGGCCACUCCCAGUCACCAGUCUAGCUGCCACAUUCUGGAUUAGUUGUAGUUUCUGGGUCACCUUCAAAGGGAGCCUCGCAUAGAAAGCAUUGCAGUAGUCCAAGUGGGAGAUAACCAGAGAAUGCACCACUCUGGCGAGACAGUCCGUGGGCAGAAGGGGUCUCAGCCUGCGUACCAGAUGGAGCUGAUAGACAGCUGCCAUGGACACAGAACUGACCUGUGCCUCCAUGGACAGCUGUGUGUCCAGAAUGACUCCCAGGCUGCGCAGAUGGUCCUUCAGGGGCACAGUUACCCCAUUCAGGACCAGGGAGUCCCCCACACCCGCCCGCCUCCUGUUCCCCCAAAACAAUAAAUAAAUCGAGAUGAGCGCCGCAACCCCAGAGUCGGUCAUGACUGGACCUAAUGGUCAGGGGUCCCUUUACCUUUAAAAACAUCCUUAGAAACACUAAACAUUUGGGCACGAUGUUGAUUCCUCUGCUCACAAGUCGCUUAACCCCAGCAGGGUGCCCAGAAAUGGACAGCUUCUUGGUCUCCCGAUGCAGAAACUGUUUUUUUUCCAGAGAACCAGAGGUUAAUCUCCUGAUCAAUAGCUAAGAUUUAAGUCUGACCACCAUCUAUCUUCAUGUAAUUAUUUCCGUCAGCAGUCUGCCAACAAAAGACGUUCAAUCCACCAUGUUCUUCCCCUGGAAGUUAUUAUUAUGAUCUUUUAAAUGAUUCCCCCGACUAUGUCUUUAGCUUUUUCUGUUUUAUCUGUAAGUUGCCUUGAAUCCCUAUCGGGGUGAAAGGUGGGGUAUAAAUGAAUGAAUGAAUUUACUGAAAAGAGAAAGAUAAUUGAUUACAGUCGGAGACCAGCUUAUAAAACACACUUGGGGGUACAUUCCCAGAAAGAAAACAAACAGUUCAAACAAUGUACAACAAUAAAUUUAAAUUUUAUAAAUGCGAUAAGCAUGUUGUUUAGUCAUUUAGUCGUGUCCGCCUCUUCAUGACCAGAGCACGCCAGGCCCUCCUGUCUUCCACUGCCUCCCGCAGUUGGGUCAAACUCAUGAUGGUAGCUUCGAGAACACUGUCCCACCAUUUCCUAACCAAUGUUGAUGACCUGGUUAGUGGGGUAGAAGUAGAAGGAUCAUUAGGCGCGAGUGAUCAUGCUCUUCUGAAGUUUACUAUACAGCGGAAAGGAGCAGCCAAGCAUACUAGGACUCAAUUUCUUGACUUUAAGAAAGCCGACUUCAUAAAACUUAGGGAACUGCUGGGUGAGAUCCCAUGGACAGUAAUACUAAAAGGAAAGGGAGUUCAUGAUGGCUGGGAGUUUGUUAAGAGGGAGAUAGUAAAGCACAACGUCAGGCAAUACCAAUGAGACGGAAACAUGGAAGGUGCCUAAAGAAGCCAGGGUGGCUAUCUAAAGAACUUUUAACUGAGUUAAGAUUAAAAAAGGAUGUGUACAAAAAUUGGAAAAGGGGGGAAACCACCAAAGAGGAAUUCAAACAAAUAGCCAGCACGUGUAGACACAAAGUCAGAAAAGCUAAAGCACAGAAUGAACUCAGGCUUGCUAGAGAGGUUAAAAGCAACAAAAAAGGCUUUUAUGGGUAUGUUCGUAGCAAAAGGAAGAACAAAGAAACAGUGGGGUCACUCAGAGGAGAAGAUGGUGAAAUGCAAACAGGGGACACAGAAAGGGCUGAACUCCUCAAUGCCUUCUUUGCCUCAGGCUUCUCCGAUAAAGAAAACAAUGCCCGACCUGAAGAAUUUGGAGCAAAUGAUUCAGCAAAGGAAACACAGCCCAGAAUAACUAAGGAGAUAGUACAAGAAUACUUGGCUAGUUUAGAUGUAUUCAAGUCUCCAGGGCCAGAUGAACUGCAUCCAAGAGUAUUAAAAGAACUGGCAGAUGUGAUCUCAGAACCACUGGCAGUCAUCUUUGAGAAUUCCUGGAGAACAGGCGAAGUCCCGGCAGACUGGAGGAGGGCAAAUGUUGUCCCUAUUUUCAAAAAGGGGAAAAGAGAGGACCCAAAUAAUUACUGCCCAGUCAGUCUGACAUCAAUAAUGAUCUGGAGCAGAUCAUUAAGCAAACAGUCUGUGAGCACCUAGAAAGGAAUGCUGUGAUCACCAAUAGUCAGCAUGGAUUUCUGAAAAAUAAGUCAUGUCAGACUAACCUGAUCUCGUUUUUGACAGAAUUACAAGCCUGGUAGAUGAAGGGAACGCAGUGGAUGUAGCCUACCUUGAUUUCAGCAAGGCAUUUGACAAGGUGCCCCAUGAUAUUCUUGUAAAGAAGCUGGUAAAAUGCAGUCUUGACUAUGCUACCACUCAGUGGAUUUGUAACUGGCUGACUGACCGAACCCAAAGGGUGCUCAUCAAUGGUUCCUCUUCAUCCUGGAGAAGAGUGACUAGUGGGGUGCCACAGAGUUCUGUCUUGGGCCCGGUCUUAUUCAACAUCUUUAUCAACGACUUGGAUGAUGGACUCAAGGAUAUCCUGAUCAAAUUUGCAGAUGACACCAAACUGGGAGGGGUGGCUAACACCCCAGAGGACAGGAUCACACUUCAAAACGACCUUGACAGAUUAAAGAACUGGGCCAAAACAAACAAGAUGAAUUUUAACAGGGGAAAUGUAAAGUAUUGCACUUGGGCAAAAAAAUGAGAGGCACAAAUACAAGAUGGGAGACACCUGGCUUGAGAGCAGUACAUGUGAAAAGGAUCUAGGAGUCUUGGUUGACCACAAACUUGACAUGAGCCAACAGUGUGACGCGGCAGCUAAAAAGCCAAUGCAAUUCUGGGCUGCAUCAAUAGGAGUAUAGCAUCUAGAUCAAGGGAAGUAAUAGUGCCACUGUAUUCUGCUCUGGUCAGACCUCACCUGGAGUACUGUGUCCAGUUCUGGGCACCACAGUUCAAGAAGGACACUGACAAACUGGAACGUGUCCAGAGGAGGGCAACCAAAAUGGUCAAAGGCCUGGAAACGAUGCCUUAUGAGGAACGGCUAAGAGAGCUGGGCAUGUUUAGCCUGGAGAAAAGGAGGUUAAGGGGUGAUAUGAUAGCCAUGUUCAAAUAUAUAAAAGGAUGUCACAUAGAGGAGGGAGAAAGGUUGUUUUCUGCUGCUCCAGAGAAGCGGACACGGAGCAAUGGAUCCAAACGUACAUAGAAAGAAGAUUCCACCUAAACAUUAGGAAGAACUUCCUGACAGUAAGAGCUGUUUGACAGUGGAAUUUGCUGCCAAGGAGUGUGGUGGAGUCUCCUUCUUUGGAGGUCUUUAAGCAGAGGCUUGACAACCAUAUGUCAGGAGUGCUCUGAUGGUGUUUCCUGCUUGGCAGGGGGUUGGACUCGAAGCGCCGAGGGCCUUCUGGCGGUUCCCUCGCUGCGAGAAGCCAAGUUACAGGGAACCAGGCAGAGGGCCUUCUCGGUGGUGGCACCCGCCCUGUGGAACACACUCCCAGCAGAUGUCAAAGAGAAGAACAACUACCAGACUUUUAGAAGACAUCUGAAGGCAGCCCUGUUCAGGGAAGCUUUUAAUGUUUAACAGACCAUUGUAUUUUAAUACUUUGUUGGAAGGCGCCCAGAGUGUCUGGGGAGACCCAGCCAGAUGGGUGGGGUAUAAAUAAUAAAUUCUUCUUCUUAUUCUUCUUCUUAUUAUACUUUAUCUUCAUUGCCAUGACUUCUGCUCUUGGAUUUACUGCGGCCAUUUGGAAUCCUGGCCCCUAGCACUGAAAGCGCAUGCGGCUCCUCCCUAUUUGUUAUCACCUGCCAAUUGGGGUACUUACUCCAAUUAAUCAUGGAAUCACAGAAUGAGAGAAUCAUAGCAUGAAGGGACCCCCAAGGCUCAUCCAGUCCAACCCCCUGCCAUGCAGCGUUCUCAACUAGAUCAAACAUGAUGGGUGGUCAUCCGACCUCUGCUUAAAAACCUCCAAGGAAGGACAGCCCACAACCUCCUGAGGGAGACCAUUCCACUAUCCAAUAGCUCUUACUGUCAGAAAGUUUUUUCUGACGUUUAUUUGGAAGCUCCUUCCUCGUAACUUGAAGCCAUGGGUUCGAGUCCUACCCUCCAGAGCAGGAGAAAACAAUUUUCUUCCAUGUGACGGCCCUUGAGAUAUUUGAAGAUGGCUCUCCUGUCUCUUCUCAGUCUCCUCUUUUCCGGGCUAAACAUCCCCAGCUCCUUGGACUAUAUGGAAUUGGCGGAAAUGACUGGCAGAAUCCGAGACCAGGGAGAAGAGUCGGUGGAAGAAGAUUGGAAAAAGUUCAAAGACUAUUUACAGAAAUAUUGUAAAAUUGAUGAAUGUUAGAAUGAUGUUGGAUAGAAACUAAGUGGUUUUUAGCUGUAAUAUUAUAAGGGAAUAUGAAAAAAUGGACUAUUAAUAGGUAAAAAUUUAAUGUUACAAUAUUUUAAGAUCGAAGACUAGGAUAAACAAAGAGGGGAGGGAUUUGCUAAACUAACAAUUGAAGUGGAAUACAGAAAAGGGAGGCGUGAGGAGGUCUGGGAAACAAGCAAAUGAAAGAUAAGUGAUUGAAAGACUGAAUUGUUUUUAACUAUUUUUAUUUUGUAUUUUUCUUUUUUCUUUUUCUAUUUUGUAAUAUUUUGAAAAUCCUAAUAAAUAUCUUAUAAAAAAAAAAUAAACAUCCCCAGCUCCUUCAACCAUUCCUCAUAAGGCUUGGCUUCCAGACCUUUGAUCAUUUAACUCACCUUCCUCCAUACUGUGGGGUGUGAAACACAGAGCAGUCAAAUACAACAUUCCUUGUUUUCCUAGAGUGGACAUGCAAGAGGAAGUUUGGUCCAGCCAGUCAAAACUUCUUGUUCCUCCUGGCUGGAGCAUCCUUCCUUUUGCCUGAAAUAGAAGGUGGGUGUGACCUUACCUGUCCAGGUAACAAAAGGACGAGUCGCACAGCACCCUUCCCUCUUUUUGACUCCCUUGUUUAUUGGACCAGCUUUUAGCUAGGACUGCUCUGCUAGCUCUCAGCUAGCGGCAGCACUAGGAUUAUCCUCCCAUAUUAGUUACAUAUUUGUACCUAAGUGCCUUCAGGGAUCCAACUGUGAACUGAUGUAAGUAAACUUCUUUUAUUGACUUUGAAUAAGAUUGUGGAGUCUUUAUUCUUUUAAGAGGGAUUCAAGAGAACUUACCAGGAACAUACAAUUAAAUCUGAGACAGACUGAAUUGUGUAAUAGUGAGAGGCUCACACGAGCCUGCAACCAGCUAUCUGCUGUGUGUGCAAAAAGGGGAAUGUAACGCUGCUAAGUAAAGGAACUUGCUAGCGCAAGUUAGGAAGGAUAUUAAUAAACAAUAUAUCCUCUCCUGCCACCCUGAACAUUCCCACACCGACAGGAAGAACCUUCUAAGUCUCCGCCAUUCCCGAAUGCAAAUCGGGGGCAGCUCACAGCAAUAUUAAAAGCAGAAGCAGCAAACACGUUUCUUCGGCUGGAGGCAGACACAUUUAAUAACCGCCAAAGCCUAACGGCUUUGAGAAGAGGGCUGAUUUCGAUUUGGCGGUAGAUGGUCUUAUACAUUUUAAUAACGUUUCUCAUCCCCUGCCAUGUCGUAAAAGUUGCGUUCAAAGAGGAGUCUCUGCGACGGAGCAGUAAAAAGCGAAUGCAGAUUUAUAUCCAUGUCCAGGAUUAACAGCUUCUCUCCUUAGCGUGUCUGAUGGGUUUGAUUCGUCAGCCGGCUACCUCGAUGGUACUCAUCCGUCUCUUUGGGUCCCAGGCUUUGAUGUAUUUAUAGCAAACGAGUCUGAUCAAAUUAUUAUUAUUAUUUAUUAUUUAUUGAAUUUAUAUACUGCCCUAUACCCAGAGGUCUCAAGGCGUUUCACAGAAUAAAAUUGUUCAAGGAUGAGAUGCAAUGCAAAAAAUGUUUUUAUGGGAUUUCCGUACAGGGAUUUAUUGAUUCACACUAUUUCUAUUCUAAUAUAUAUAUAUAUUAUCCCAUUGCUGAUACAUGUAAAGCAAUAUCAGGUCUUUUGCGCUGGGACACAACCUAUUUGGCCAAGUGCAAUUUCAGAAAAGGUUAUGUUCAGUCUGAGACUGAUACAGACUAAAGCAAAACCGCAAAGGUUUCUGUGCAGUUGGGUAGGAUAUGAUUCCAUGAACCAUGGCUCAAAAUACAGUACAUACAUCUAUUUGCUAGAAAUAGAUAUAUCUCUAUGGAUGCCAGAGACCACACAGGCUUUUGACAAUUGCCUCACUCUCUGUUAUCUGCAUAGAUGAGUCACAAUCAGGCCAGAUUAAUACAUUAAUAAAAAUAAAAAGAGAGGACAUCUAUAAAUAUGUAACAAUGCUCUUUUAAGGGCUUAUCCAGGGGAUAAGCUUGGUGAUAUGCUUUCUUGUAUAUUUCUUUAUUUUUGUUAUAUAUAUAUUUGUGUGUGCGUGUGCGUAAGAGUUUGGGGUUUUAAGCUGUGUGCCAGACUCUUCUAACCCCUGGAUGCAGCAAGUGUUAAAAUAUAAGCCAGUCUGGCUUCCUGGAGAGAUGAUCACUUGGGUGAUGGGCCAUUCAGGUGUGAGACAGCGAAUGGAUGGGACCCCCUUUCUCAGUAGACAAAGCCAGAGUUGAGUUUGACAGUGACAUGGGCCAGAGAAAGAGCAGCAAGUUGGAGUCCGAACAUGUUUGACUAAACUGAAAACUAUGGAGAGACCUGGUCUGAAUAGAGAUAUUGGAUUCUUGUCUCAUUGCACAUGCUAAAGCUAUUUUUGGUCAUCUGCAUAAUAUACCUUGCUUUUUCCUGUAGGACUAAUUGCAGUCGUUAACAGUCAUCAACAGGUUUACCAUACCCACUGAGUCAAUCACCCAUUGAGUUAAUCAUCCAUUUUCUACUACCCUCCUGAGAAAAACCCCACCCCACCCUCCCACUAUAUAUAAGGGUCUAGUGACUUCUGUUUCAGUGUACAGUGGUACCUCGGGUUACAGAUGCCUCAGGUUACAGACGCUUCAGGUUACAGACUCCGCUAACCCAGAAAUAGUACCUCGGGUUAAGAACUUUGCUUCAGGAUGAGACCAGAAAUCGCGUGGCGGCGGUGCAGCGGCAGCGGGAAGCCCCAUUAGCUAAAGUGGUGCUUCAGGUUAAGAACAGUUUCAGGUUAAGAACGGACCUCCGGAACAAAUUACAGUGGACCCGAGGUACCACUGUAUCUGAAGAAGUGUGCAUGCACACGAAAGCUUAUACCCCGAACAAAUUAGUGGGACUCUAAGGUGCUACUGGACAAAUUUUAAAUUGUUUCGAUUGCGUCAGACCAGCUCGGCUUGUUGUUGUUGUUUAGUUGUUUAGUUGUGUCCAACUCUUCGUGACCCCAUGGACCAGAGCACGCCAGGCACUCCUGUCUUCCACUGCCUCCCACAGUUUGGUCAAACUCAUGCUGGUAGCUUCGAGAACACUGUCCCACCAUCUCGUCCUCUGUCGUCCCCUUCUCCUUGUGCCCUCCAUCUUUCCCAACAUCAGGGCCUUUUCCGGGGAGUCUUCUCAUGAGGAGGCCAAAGUAUUGGAGCCUCAGCUUCAGGAUCUGUCCUCCCAAUGAGCACUCAGGGUUGAUUUCCUUCAAAAUGGAGAGGUUUGAUCUUCUUGCAGUCCAUGGGACUCUCAAGAGUCUCCUCCAGCACCAGAAUUCAAAAGCCUCAGUUCUUUGGCAAUCAGCCUUCUUUAUGGUCCAGACUUGGUUGGUCUCUAAGAUGCUAAAAGCCUAGGACUUGCCGAUCAGAAGGUUGGCAGUUCGAAUCCCCAUGACGGGGUGAGCUCCCGUUGCUCGGUCCCUGCUCCUGCCAACCUAGCAGUUCGAAAGCACGCCAAAGUGCAAGUAGAUAAAAAGGUACUGCUCCAGCGGGAAGGUAAACAGCGUUUCCGUGCUCUGCUCUGGUUCACUAGAAGCGGCUUAGUCAUGCUGGCCACAUGACCCGGAAGCUGUACGCCGGCUCCCUCGGCCAGUAAAGCGAGAUGAGUGCUGCAAUCCCCAAGUAGUCCGUGACUGAACUUAAUCCCCGUUACGGGGAUUUGAACCGCCAACCUUCUGAUCGGCAAGUCCUAGGCUCUGUGGUUUAACGCACAGCGCCACCUGCAUCCCUUUAUCCAUACAUACAACAAACGUAAUACAGAUUAAAACAUAAAUAUCUGGGUAGACUUGUCUAAACAAGAAUGUUUUCAGUAGGCACCGAAAAGGGAACAGGGAAGCACCCUCUUCGUGUCAAAAGGCAGGGAGUUCCGCAGUGUAGGCGCUGCCACACUCAAAGAUGGAGUGGAAGAGGUAUUCUGUGGCGCCUGGAGGAGUGCCAGUUCCCCCAGUCGAAGUGGCUCAGUGGGUGUAUAUGGAGCAAAGCAAACUGAUGCUAAGAGCUCCUCUUGGCCCAACUAUCAACACGUUUCUUCUGGGUUCUGUGCUGUUCUGCAAAAGCUAAAUGUCUGUUUUUCUCCUUGGCUCCUGCAGGCCUCUCCUUCUACACCCGAGUGAUCGAGAACUGCGAGGAUGAAGCACCAUUUGAUGAGGUAAGGAAGGAGAGUUUUUAAAAUCUGCAGCAAGGAGUGUUUGGGAACACCCCUCCCUCAGACUAAAGAUCCCACAAUGGGUGGUACAGCUUUCUAGGGGGCAAUGGGGGGUUGCUAAGAGGCAAUGGGGUGGCAGGGGGUUGCUGGAGGUGUGAAUACCUUCUCUGACUUUGAAAUGCUGGUAUCGCUGGACCAGUUAAUCCAUUUUGCGGAGUUAAUUAAACUAGAUAGUUCUGAUUGGAUAGGAUCAUCAUCAUGCAAUUAAUUGUUACUGUUUUGGAUUUUAUGAUGUGGUUCUCUUCCUUAGUGGGUUGUGCAAACUGCUAUUCUGAAUAAUGCUUUUUAUAGGGUAUAGGGCACCGGGGAUGAGUUUAUGGAACCAAGCCACUGGCAGCUCCAAAAUAUUUGGGAACCACUGGACGAAGGGAUGUUGGGCAUGGUUUAAAGUGCUGGUUUGGAACACCCUAAACCGUUUUGAAUUAGGAUGGCGAAAGAACCACUCACUCCUGUCCGUCAAGUGAGACGGUUGCCUGACUUUUACCAUCCAAAGCAAGGCUUGUGGCAAACAGGAGCAGGACGGGGCCUUUGGCGUGGUGGCACCGAGACUUUGGAAUCAUCUUGCCAGGGAAGAACACUCAACCCUUAUUUUGAUGGGACUUUAAAAACGUUCUUAGGUGUGUCUUGGUAGGGAUGAAGGUGAGAGGGACAGAGAUCUCUAGGGAGUUGUUUUCUUCUUUGCAAUUCUCCAUUUUUUUAAAAUUUUCAUUUUAUAGUGCGUGCAAAUAUCAGUGCUUUUUCUUUUCUGGAAUGGAUCGUUUGACUUGCACCAUCCACUUUGUUGUGAGAAGGAUAGAGUGUACAGUUUUGAAAACAAUGUCGAGUUAUACGAUGCCUGCCUUUGCCCUUGGCACAAAUUUCAGAGAAUCAUAGAAUGGGAAGAGAUCCAAAGGGUCAUCUAGGAAGAAGUAAGGACACACCUGAAUUGAACUAGAUGACCGUUCUGGUUCCCUUCCAACCCUACAAUUCUAUGAUUCUAUGAUGAUUCACCUGGCAGGUGUAUCACAGGUAAUGUGCUCAGGAGAGUCCCUGCAAAGAUAUUCCCAUUUCCCAGAAAGUUCAGGCCUAUCCUUGCAUCCUUGGUUUAUGUGCAGAAGGGAGAAAGUAUGAAAUAUCAAGAAACAACGCGACACUUUUCAGGCAGGAUGAUUGCCCAGAUGUUCUGUGGGCUGAGAAAAUAUCUGUGUGCAUCCUUCGGAUGUAGGAAUGAUGUGUCAGACAGAUUUUUGAAACCUCCCUUUUUUACAGGUUUUGAAAGCUGGAGAGGAAAACGCACUGAAUGUUUGAACCAGCUGCUGGUUUCUAAAGAGGCAACACAGCCACAGCAGCUGGGUAGAAAAGUUUGCAAUAAGAGGUUUCUAAAAUGAUGCCUUGCAUGGAAAAAGAGGAUGGAGGAAAGCUUUUGUUUCUCUCUCUCUCACUCACUCACUCACUCACUCGUGGGCAUCUUGGGAAGCUAAAUGUUUGAAGAUCCAGAGCAGUGAAAAGAAAGGACUUUUCUAUGCAGUGUGUAGUUAACCUGUGGAACUCCCUGCCACAGGAGGCAGUGAUGGCCAACAACUUGGAUGGUUUUAAAUGUGGAUUGGACAAUUUUAUGGAGGAGUAGAGGGCAGGGCUUUGCUGUGGCUCCACCGUCAGAGGCAGCAACGCGUCUGAACCUCAUUUGCUGGAAACUGCAGGAAGGAAGAGGGCUCUGGUGCUCAGGUCACAGAAUCAUUUGUAGAGUAGGAAGGGACCCUGAGGGUCAUCUAGUCCAACCCCCUGCAAUGCAGGAAUCUCAGCGAAAGUAUCCAUGACAGCCUUUCCUAAGGGGUUUCCCCAUUAGGGCAGCCUUUCUCAACCUGUGGGUCCCCAGAUGUUGUUGGACUACAACUCCCAUCACCCCUAGCUAGCAAGGCCAGAGCUCAGGAAUGAUGGGAGUUGUAGUCCAACAACAUCUGGGAACCCACAGGUUGAGAACCGCUGCAUUAGGGCAUCUGGUUGGCCACUGUGAGAACAGGAUGCUGGACUGGGUAGGCCACUGGCCUGAUCCUGCAAGCCCUUCUUACCAUCUCGAAUAGCUAGGGAAUUGUAAAGGUAAAGGGACCCCUGACCAUUAGGUCCAGUUGUGGCCGACUGGGGUUGCGGCGCUCAUCUCGCUUUAUUGGCCAAGGGAGCCGGAGUACAGCUUCUGGGUCAUGUGGCCAGCAUGACUAAGCCGCUUCUGGCGAACCAGAGCAGCGCAUGAAAACGCCGUUUACCUUCCCACCAGAGUGGUACCUAUUUAUCUACUUGCACAUGACGUGCUUUCGAACUGCUAGGUUGGCAGGAGCAGGGACCGAGCAACGGGAGCUCACCCUGUUGCGGGGAUUCGAACCGCCAACCUUCUGAUCAGCAAGUCCUAGGCUCUGUGGUUUAACCCAAAGCGCCACCCGCGUCCCUCUAGGGAAUUGUACUUCUGCCCUUUUUCAUGCCACAUCUGUGUGGGCCGGUUGGGGUUCCAUGGAGGGGAUGAGUAAUGGGCACUCGGCACAUGCUCCAAAGGAAACUUCUUUAAAAAACAACAACAUUCCUUCACACACACUCUGGCUGGAGUGAGCCUUCCUUUGGCAACAGUCAACUCAAAGCAGACUCCCAUCCCUGACCAUGAGAUGGUGGCUAAUUCCUCUGCUGUUGCUCCCAAAGUUUCUCUGCCGAGUUUUGCGUCUGCAAAGCUGAUUCUCCUCCUCUCGUUACAUAAACCUCCGGUGCUGCAAACCUUACAUAACGGCCUCCCUCACAGAGCCGCUUGCCAAGUUCUUAAAAACACUCAGGUUGCAGGAGACGGGUCCCCCUGGUUUUCCCUUCUUCCACCUCUUCUCUUUCUCUCUCUCUCCCUCCCUCCCCUCCUGCCACUUUGCAGCAGAUCCGAAUUCUCUUCUGCUGCAAAAAGCUCCUUUUCACUUGCAACCUUCAGAGCCAGUCAGCUGUAUGCAGAGGUGUCAAUGUUGAAGGAGGCGAGGGGGUUGCUCCUUGCCUCACUGCCACUUUGCCUGCUGUGGUCUGGAACUGGCAAUGAGGGGCCAGAAAUUUGCACUCCCUGAACUGACCUGUGCAAACCAGAAUUCAACAGCUGCCCUUUGAAAAUUUGUGCUCUCUUGAAUUUUCUGUGUAAUACAGUGGUACCUCGCAAGACGAAUGCCUCGCAAGACGAAAAACGCGCAAGACGAAAGAGUUUUCCAUUUUUUGAGUCGUUCCGCAAGACGAAUUUCCCAAUGGGCUUGCUUCGCAAGACGUUUCAUCUUGCGAGUUCGUUUUUCUUAAAGCCGCUAAGCCGCUAAUAGCCGCUAAGCUGCUAAGCCGUUAAUAGCCGCUAAGCCGCUAAUAGCCGCUAAUAGCCGUGCUUCGCAGGACGAAAAAACCGCAAGACGAAGAGACUCGCGGAACGGAUUAAUUUCGUCUUGGGAGGCACCACUGUAAACGAAAAUCUGCCCUUAUUCCCUUAUGGGGGACACAAGAGCCCUUUACUGGUUCUCCAUCGGUUGGGGAUAAGAACAGAGGCCAAUCAGAGAAUAUUGAGAAGCAAAGCAGCUCGUAAGCCUGAUCUUUAUUGAUCUGUUGCAACAGGGUGCUCCCCUCACACGCAGGAAAGGAGGAGGACCCAGAACCCAGGUGUGCCCGCCCUUAUAUAGACAUUUUAAAUUGCCCACCCUGGAGUGUAGCUCAAGACCACCCCCCAGACACAUCAUACCUACAUCACAGAAAGGGUGGUCUACAACGGAAAUCUGAGUCCAUUGUUUAUCUCCCAUCUGGCAGGUUACCUGUUAAUGCUUUCUUGAUUGGAUAUCCUGGGGAGCCUGGCCAAUCUUUUGUAGUGACAAAGACUUAGUUCCUGAGCCAGGUCACAGGCUCACCCUAUUCAUACACAGAUAUACCCCUAAGACAGGUUUUGUGAAUGAAAAGACAGUGGGGAGGCUUUUCCAUUUUACUUUGACCUUGCAGAGAAAACAUUUGGUCAGUCUGGGAGCCAAAAUGGCUCCAGGGCUGUUUUCCUGUGCUGCCUCAGACAUGUGGCCCAUACAUUUAAGUACGUGUUUGCCUGGCACAUCCAUGAACAUUUAUUAUAUAUAUAAGACCUUAAUAUUUUUUUUUUUAUUUCAUCUGCAACAGUUUCCCCGAGCAAAGCAGGUGUCCCCCCUAAAGCGCAUAUUAGGGGAGAACUUGAGCAAGAAAUGUUUGUGUUGGUGAAAGCAAUGCACAAAAAUGCAUUAGGUUAGGGGAAAUCUCGUUGCAAAAAGGCAUAUAUUUUCCACACAAAAAGGUAUUUGCGAAGUGAAAUGCACACACAAAUAUGUUUGGAUUUUGAUGAGGACUUCUUAAAAAAAUAACAGACAGAUGUGGAAAUGGGGAGCUCUGGAAGAGUGGAAAAAUAAGAAACUGAAACGGAUAGAGUCUUUCAUCACUACCUGCAGUUCUUAGGGUGAGUCACCCCUGAUUUUUUUUGUUACAAGUUUGACUAAGGCCCCAUGUAGAAUUAAGAAAAUUUCAGCUGGGUUCUUGCUGGGAAAACCCCACCAGGAAGUUUGAACUGCCCACAGGUCAUUUUCUUUGAUUUGAGUGAGGCUUGCAGAGAAUCCCUUACAACCCAGAUGAAAGCAGAAAGGAAGACACAUGACCUUAUCAUUUAUCAGAGCUGAGCAUCCAAGUUGCCUUUGUUCCAAACCCCAAUCUUAAUUGGACUUUUGUAAUGAUGUGUUUGAUCCCUUUCACAUUCUCGUUUAUCUUGCAUGCUCAUCUUAAUUGGCACCAGCGCCCUAAGGGGUCCUUCUGCUGGGCCAGAAAGGGUAACAUUUGCAGAAUGACAUGGUCACAUCCCAGCUGCCCCAAGCUAGCUAUCCUCCUGUUCCCAACUGAGUUACUCAAAGAAAACAGAAUCCCGUCCCCCCAUUCCUGCUGCUUAUCAGCCUCCAAAAAUUCCCCAGGUUUCUCUGAAGUCUCAUUUGGUAGAUUGAUGUUCAAGCUCUCAGUGUCAGAGUGUUUAGGAUGAUCUGAGACCACACAGAGUUCAUGCAAUAGGAAAGGCGUUUGCUAAAAUGGAGUCACAGAAAACCAGGUUAUUCUCCUCUGGAGCAAAAUUGACAAAAUAAAAUAGAUAAAAGCCUGUUGCAAAAUGUGGUUGGCCAGCCAUGCUUGAUUAAGGGGUUCCUUUGCUCAUUGGAUGAGACCCGGGUGGUGCUGCGGGUUAAACCACAGAGCCUAGGACUUGCCGAUCAGAAGGUCGGCACUUCAAAUCCCACAACGAGGUGAACUCCCUUUGCUCUGUCUCAGCUCCUGCCAACCCAGCAUUCUGAAAGCACAAAGUGCAAGUAGAUAAAUAGGUACCACUCCGGCGGGAGGGUAAAUGGCGUUUCCGUGCGCUGCUCUGGUUUGCCAGAAGCGGCUUAGUCCUGCUGGCCACAUGACCCGGAAGCUGUACGCAGGCUCCCUCGGCCAGUAAAGCGAGAUGAGCACCGCAACCCCAGAGUCGGCCACGACUGGACCUAAUGGUCAGGGGUCCCUUUACCUUUACCUUUUCCUUUUGCUCAUUGGGCGGUGGUGAAAUGGCAAAAGAUAUGCAAUGUAAUUUAGCGUUUCGAGAGGGAAGGGCCGUUCUUACCAAGCAGAGUGAUUUCCCCUUCCAAACUAGAAUGCCUUGGAGAGGCCGUCGGCAAAGUUUUGACAGACUUCUGGGUUUGCUCAACUGCCAAAAAGAGCCUCCUGAAAGUCAAUUCUGGGUUGCCCGGCAACCAGCAGGCCGCCAAAGCCCAGAUGGAUGAACAGAUGAACAGAAGCAGCUGCCUCGCAUUCGUUCAGGAGGCCAAUUUCAGUCUCCUCUCCCUCCUUCUGGGAAAGCAAAAAGUAGUCAAGCCUGUGAUGGGAGGAUUUCAGGGGGUUAUUCCUGCUGGGAAGGGGGUUGGACUAGAUGACCCUUGGUUCCCUUCCAACGCUACGAUUCUUUGACUCUAGUACAGCCCAGCACAUCCAAGGCAAGGAGACCCGUGCUUGAGACUUCCCUCCAUCCAAUGGCUUGCAACCUGGACACUUUUGGAGGGCUCUCCCCACCCUGUUAAUAACGAGGAACCUGUAGGGCAUAGCUCAGGGUGGCCAAAAAUAAGAAUGUCUGCCAUUUGCUGUUGCCUCCCCUUGUCCCUUGGCAUCCAAAACGUUCAACCAGAUUGUAGAAACCUGGGGAAAAAGAGCGCCAAUCCUCACGUCAAACUAAGAAUAGAAGAACAGCUUGCUGGAUCAAGCCAGUGAUCCAUCUUGUCCAGAAUCCUGUUCUUGUGGGAUGUAAUCCACUGGGAGCAGUCAAGUACAACAUUCCUUGUUUUCCUAGAGUGGACAUGCAAGGGGAUGUUUGGUUCAACCAGUUGAAACUUCCUGUUCCUCCUGGGCUGGAACAUCCUUCCUUUUGCAUGUGAUAGAAGGUGGGCAUGACCUUACCUGUCCAGGUAACAAAAGGACAAAUCACGCAGCACACUUCUCUUUUUGACUUCCUUCUUCGUUGGACCAACUUCUAGCUAGGACUGCUCUGCUAGCUCUCAGCUAGCAGAAGCACUGGGAUUAUUCCUCCAUAUGGGGUAGAUCCACAUGAGAUUGAGAUUAUUCAUGAGAUUGAGAUUAUUCAUGAGCACUGAGAUUAUUCCUCCAUAUGGGAUAGAUCCACAUGUACAUAUUUGUAGCUAAGUCUUCCUUCAUGAAUCCAACUGUGAACUGAUGUGAGUAAACUUCUUUUAUUGACUUUGAAUAAGAUUGUGCAUCUUUAUUCUUUUACGAGGGAUUCAGGGGGAUUUACCAGGAACGUAGAACUCAAUCUGAGACAGACUGAAUUGUAUACUAGUGAGAGGCUCACACGAGCCUGCAACCAGCUAUCUGCUGUGCAUGUAAAAAGGGGAAUGUAACCCUGCUAAGUAAAGGAACUUGCUAGUGCAAGUUAGGGAAUAUAUUAAUAAACAAUAUAUCCUCUCCUGCCACCCUGAACAUUCCCACAGUUCUCAAAGUGGCCAACUAGAUGCUCAUUAUGGGAAACCCACAAGCAGGAUCCGAGCACAGGAGCCCUCUGUCUUCCUGCAGUUUCCAGUGACUGGCAUUCAGAAGAACUGUUGCCCCCGGCUAUGCAAGCAGAACACAGCCAUCCUGGCAAGAAGACAUCAAUAGCCAUCAACAGAAUGUGUCUCAUCCUCGUAUAAAGGCAUCCAAGUUGAUGGAAACUGCUUCAGCUUCCCCUUGCCAGGUCUUAAGGCACCAGAAAAUGUUCAGAUUGUCCUCUGCAAAUCAGCCUCAUUUGCUUUGGGGAGAAAUUUCAGUUUCAGAAAACUCACAUGGCUGCUUUCUCCAGGCCGAAAUGUUCUUUGUCCUGCACCUCGCUGCAAAACACUUUGACUCUUGCCUCUGAACGCGGCAGCAAAAACGUGAGCCACGAGAAGUCUGCUUUAUUAACACGAUGCUAAUGGAGCACGUUUCUCCCCAGGAAGAGGAUCCUAAUGGCUGUUUUUAAUUGGCUGCAAUAAAAAAUAAUAAUUUCCCCAGGGACCGUGUUUAUUUUGAAAAGGCAGGCUGCGGCUGAAGCCCUCAUCACAUGAAAUUGGUAGGUCUUUCUCAUCCUUCCAAGUAAAAGUGCUUUGGGUUGUGUUUUUCAGCUGCUAGGCUUCACUGUUUGGGCAGCCUUAGUGUUGCUGUUGUUUAGUCGUUUAGUUGUGUCCGACUCUUCGUGACCCCCUGGACCAGAGCAUGCCAGGCACUCCUGUCUUCCACUGCCUCCCGCAGUUAGUCAAACUCAUGCUGGUAGCUUCGAGAACACCGUCUAACCAUCUGGUCCUCUGUUGCCCCCUUCUCUUUGUGCCCUCCAUCUUUCCCCACAUCAGGGUCUUUUCCAGGGAGUCUUCUCUUCUCAUGAGGUGGCCAAAGUACUGGAGCCUCAGCUUCAGGGUCUGUCCUUCCAGUGAGCACUCAGGGCUGAUUUCCUUAAGAACGGAUAGGUUUGAUCUUCUUGCAGUCCAUGGGACUCUCAAGAGUCUCCUUCAGCACCAUAAUUCAAAAGCAUCAAUUCUUCGGCAAUCAGCCUUCUUUAUGGUCCAGCUCUCCCUUCUGUACAUCACUACAGGGAAAACCAUAGCUUUAACUAUACGUACCUUUGUUGGCAAGGCAUCCUUAGUAUUUAUUAGCUUAUGCUCAGGCUGGCAAUUGCGAGGUAAGAACAUAAUCACCUGCUGGAUCAGGCCAGCAGCCCUCCUAGUCCAGCAUCCUGUUACCACAUUAUGGAAACCUUGCAAGCAGGAUUCGAGCACAAAAGCCUCUCUCCUCUCCUGCAGUUUCUGGCAACAGGCUUCCACUAGCAAGGGCUGACACCCCACAUUGAAAAGUCUGACCUGAACAAACCCAACACAAAACAAAACACAAUUCUGAUUUCCAGAGAGCAAAGCCUGCACCUCUCUUUUGGGAGGCAGGAGUGGUUUCCACGGGAGAUGCCAACUGCUUUUCUGUGUUGUGCUUUGGCUUGGACAGGAGGGCACCAUGCCAGCCUACUGUGCCAGCCACAACACCAGAGACUUGGGGGCCCUUGCAGCAGUUAACAGUUCCAGAAUAAUAAGAGUAAACUGGUAGGUGGGAGCUCGCUCCAAAGUCUGUCCCAUCCUUAAAGGCAGAAGGCAGGUGAAGACAUUGUUGGUGCUUUUGGGUGGGAGAUGGCCUUCUCCCGGCACCAAUCCAGAACGCAUAGCACAGCAGAGCAGAGCAUUCACCCCUCUGGAUGUUCAAGCAAGCAGCAGAGCUUAGCAGAAGCCGAGACUGAGUAUAUGUAGCAUCUGAGUUUAGUGAUUUAUUUAAAGGUAAAGGGACCCCUGACCAUUAGGUCCAGUCGUGGCCGACUCUGGGGUUGCGGCGCUCAUCUCUCUUUAUUGGCCGAGGGAGCCGGCGUACAGCUUCCGGGUCAUGUGGCCAGCAUGAUUAAUCCGCUUCUGGCGAACCAGAGCAGCGCACGGAAACACCGUUUACCUUCCCGCCAGAGCGGUACCUAUUUAUCUACUUGCACUUUGACGUGCUUUCGAACUGCUAGGUGGGCAGCAGCAGGGACCGAGCAAUGGGAGCUCACCCCGUCACAGGGAUUCGAACCGCCGACCUUCUGAUCGGCAAUUCCUAGGCUCUGUGGUUUAACCCACAGCGCCACCCGCAUCCCUAAUGAUUUAUUUACAGGAUCAAAAUAAAGAACAGAGCAGUCAUGGCAUGUCUCUUCUCCUCCGAGAGAGCACAACAGCAGAAUAAAGGUGACGGAAGUGGCGUCCAGUUCCUUCCGUUGCCACAUUUCCAAAGAAUGGAAUAUCAACACACAGAGCAUGUGAUCUAGUAGUCACAUAUUCUGCAGCACGAGAGAGAAUGAAACACCUGGCAGCCCAACCCAACUGGUGCCUUAUCAUAAAGAGAGCCGACUGGAUCAGGCCAAUGGCUCAGCUAGUCCAAGAAGAUGCCCCAUUGGGGACCAUGCACGCAGGAUCUGACCAGAGGAGUCCUCUCCCCUCCUGUGGAGCAUUGCUACUUCCAACUAUGGAAGCAGAGCCUGGUCACCAAUAGUCCUCCCCUCCUCAAUCAAUUUGCCCAAUCCUCUUUUCAAAGCCUUCCAUCCCUGCCUCCUGUGGCAGGGAGUUCCAUAGUUUACCUACAUGCUAUGUGAAGAAGGACUUAAAAAAAAAUCUGUCCUGAAUCUUCUACUGUUCAUGAAUGUCUCUGAGUUCUAAUGUCAUGGUAGGUUUCUUAGCAGAGGUUGGGUCUUGGAUGCUUGAGUUGAGAUUCCUGCAUUGCAGGGGGUUGGACUAGAUGACCCUGUGGGGUCCCUUCAAUCUCUACAGUCCUCUCAUUCUAUGACUCCACCAACCUGCACGUGUUCCAUUAUCUCUGUCCUGGGCUUCAGAUUCUGGCCCCAUCCGAUCAGAGAAGUGUUAUGCUGAAGGAUCGCUGGCCAACAUUCCUGUCAUUUCCGAAAUGGAUGGAUGUUUCCCAGCCAGCAGUGUAGCUGUUUCACAAUCAGUGGGUUGUGAACAGCAUUGCAUCAUCCUAAUAAUUCAUGAAGAACUCAUAAAUGGCUUUGGAAAAGAUGUAAUUACCACUGAAAGCUGCCCUGGUCUCUUGGGAUAACUGGAGUGGAGUUUCUGCCACCUCUGAAGUCUACAUCUCCUCCUCCUUAGCUUAUGAUGAAUGAGUUCUUCUGGCUGUGUCAGCUCCUGACUCUAGAUUCCCUGCUUUCGAAAUGCCAACUCCUUCAUUGCCAGGGCUUGAACUAGAUGAGCCUUGGGUUCUAAGUACAGUAAAUCCUGGUGUGCUCUGGUCCAUGGGGUCACGAAGAGUCGGACAUGACUAAACGACUAAACAACAACAAAGUACAGUAAUAAUAAUAAUAAUAAUAAUAAUAAUAAUAAUAAUAAUAAUAAAUUUUAUUUAUACCCCGCCCUCCCCUGCCAAGACCGGGCUCAGGGUGGCUGACACCAGGUAUAAAAACAAUUGACUGAAAUACAAUUUAAAAACAAGAUUAAAAUACAACAAUAAAACAUUAAAAUGAAGCCUCAUUUCAGUAGGAACUCAAAUAAAAAAACUUUUUUGGGGAUGAAAACGUCAAGUCUUCACCAAGGCCAACUAUCCAGACUGGUCCUACAUGGGCCAGAAAAAAGCCAGGGAAGUCCCCAGAUAGGGGUUCCAUCACAGAAGGAGAAAGGAAAAAGGGAAGGUGGGGGAGGGAAUCAAGUUGAUUCUAAGCCAAAGGCCAGGCGGAACAACUCUAUCUUACAGGCCCUGCGGAAAGAAAUCAGAUCCCGCAGGGCCCUGGUCUCACGAGGCAGAGCAUUCCACCAGGCAGGAGCCAGCACUGAAAAGGCCCUGGCUCUGGUUGAGGCUAAUCUGACUUCCUUAGGGCCUGGGACAUCUAGGGUGUUGCUAUUUAUGGACCUUGAGGCUCUCCAUGGGGCAUACCGGGAGAGGCGGUCCCAUAGGUACGAGGGUCCUAGGCCGUGAAGGGCUUUAAAGGUCAAAACCAGCACCUUAAAUCUGACCCUGUACUCCACCGGGAGCCAGUGCAGCUGGAAAAGCACUGGGUGAAUAUGCUCCCAUGGCAGAGACCCCGUGAGGAGCCUCACUGCAGCAUUCUGCACCUGCUGGCGUUUCUGGGACAGCUUCAAGGGCAGCCCCGCGUAGAGCAAAUUACAGUAGUCAAGCCUGGAGGUGACCGUCGCAUGGAUCACUGUGGCCAGGUCGGGGCGGGAAAGGUAAGGGACCAACUGCUUGAUGCGGCGAAGGUGGAAAAAUGUCGCCUUGGCUGUUGCUGUAACUUGCGCCUCCAUGGAAAGGGAGGCGUCAAGGAUUACACCCAAACUCGGAACGGAAGGCAAUGACACUAAUUGGGCCCCCACAAGAGAAAGGAGUUGGUCCCUCAUCCCCAGACCAUCCUGACCCAGCCAGAGGACCUCUGUCAUCGAAAUAUUUAAUUUCAGUCAGCUCCCACGAAACCACCCAGCCACAGCUUCCAAGCGUCUGGUCAGUGUGUCCGGGGCUGAGUCAGGGUGGCCGUCCAUCAGCAGAUAGAGCUGAGUGUCGUCAGCAUAUUGGUGAUGGCCCAGCCCAAAGGUCUGGACAAUCUGGGUGAGGGGGCACAUAAAGAUGUUAAAAAGCAUCGGGGAGAGGAUUGCGCCCUGCGGCACUCCACACACCAAGGAGUGGCGCGACAACAUCUCCCUCCUUAGCGCCACACUCUGUCCCUGACCAGAGAUAAAGGAGUACAACCAUUGUCAGGUUAUGCCCUGUAUCCCCAUGUAGGCGAGGUGGUGGUCCAGAAGAUCUUUCCCAUGAAUCAUAUACAUGCAUCACAUACAUACUAUGGCAGUGACUACAAGAGGUGUGCCCGGUCUGGCACUUUCACCACAUGCUCUCACUUUUGUGUUGUCAUCAAGAAGCACUUUCCUAAGUUCACCUGGUGAGCUUCAUGGAAGUGGGCAUUUGAACCCUGGUCUCCCAGGAUGCAAGGGAGAAACAUGCUCGGAGGAAGGCACGCUUGGCAAAUCCACAUCGGGCUCAACUCCUACCCAGAAAACAAUGUCCCCACUGUGGAAGGACGUGUGGAUCCAGAACUGGCCUCCACAGUCACUUACAGACUCACUGUCAAAACCAUGUUUAUGGAAGACAAUCUUACUCGGCUACGAGGGAUCGCCAAAGAAAAGAAGAGGAUACCGUAUUUUUCGCUCUAUAGGACGCACCCGACUGUAGGAUGCACCUUGUUUUAGAAGGGGAGAACAAGAAAAAAAAAAUCUCUCCCUCUCUGCACAGUGCCCCUUCAGCGAAGUGGCAGGAGAAACGGAGCCCCUUCCAUUUCUUCUCCCUCUUCGCUGAAGGGCGCUGCGCAGAGAGGGAAAGCUGCGCAGCACCUCUCCAGCGAAGCAAAGCCAGGAGAGCAAGAGGGAUCGGUUCGCAUCGACCCCUCUCACUCUCCAGGCUUCAGCAAAAGCAACGCGAAGCCUCCGGAGCGCAGCGGGAGCGGUCCCACUGCGCUCUGGAGGCUUUGUGUUGCUAUCGCUGAAGCCGUGGAGCCUGCAUUCACUCCAUAAGACGCACACACAUUUCCCCUUAAUUUUGGGAGGGGAAAAAGUGUGUCUUAUAGAGCGAAAAAUACGGUACAUUCAAUCUGGCAAGAGUACUUGAGAAGGGAAUGACUUUUUUGUUUUAUUUACUUACUUAUUUCGUUAGCUUUAUUCACCACCUUUUCCUCCGAGAUGCUCAAGGUAACAAACAUGGGUCUCCUCCUCCUCCUCCCCACAACAACCCUGUGAGGCAGGCCCCCAGGUCACACCCAGUGCGCAUCAUGGCCAAGUGGGGAUUCAAACCCAGGUCUCCCGGGUCAUAAACCAGCACUUCAGCCAUUACACCACACCGGUUGUUUUUAUCUGAGUUGUGCUGCGAGGGACACACACACAUCCCCCAUCCUCCCAGCAGUUUGGAUCCUUCUCAGCCUUGCUGUUCACACUCCAGGCAAUGACAGAUUCAACUUCUCUUCCUUGAGUGUGAUUACAGGAAAGCAGCAAAGGGGGGGGAGAGCCCUGGGUCCAAGCCAACCUCAGCUCCUAAAGUCUUGCUCCACUUUCCCCUUCACAACAAACAACUUGCAAGCUCAGCAAACGCAUUGAGAAGAGAGAUUCGGUUCCUGCUGAGAACAGAGACUGGGAGGAUGAACGAAAUUCCCACGAGAUAUUUGAUCAUGGAAGAGGACGGCACGUAAGCCUGCAAACUGACUGCAGGAAAACCUCACAUCAAUAGGGUUUCUGAACCCCAGUCUCUUAGCAACAAACUAUUUAAGCUCCAGCUUAUGUUUGUUUAAAUUUCAUGUCGUGCGUUUUUUCCAGAAAAACUCAAAACAUUUCCACAAACAAGAAUUUAUUUCCCCACAUCUUCAUUCAGUUCAGCGCCAUAAGAGUAUUACCUCCGAUACUGUUUUUGCUAGCUAAUUUGCUUUUCUGCCAAUAAUUCUGCUGUACAAAUCUAUAGCGCUGCUGUGUUUGGAAUACGGUGUACAGUUCGGGUAGCCUCAACCAAAAAAGGUUCAGGAAAAAUCAAGGGGUGAUGCGACUCCCAUAUGAAGGAAAUUGGCAGCUUUUGGUACUUUGUAAUUCAGAGAAAAAGGGACGCGGGUGGCGCUGUGGGUUAAACCACAGAGCCUAGGACUUGCCGAUCAGAAGGUCAGCGGUUUGAAUCGCCACGACGGGGUGAGCUCCCAUUGUUCGGUCCCAGCUCCUGCCCACCUAGCAGUUCGAAAGCAUGCCAGUGCAAGUAGAUAAAUAGGUAUUGCUCUGGCGGGAAGGUAAACGGCGUUUCCGUGCGCUGCUCUGGUUCGCCAGAAGUGGCUUAGUCAUGCUGGCCACAUGACCCGGAAGCUGUACGCCAGCUCCCUCGGCCAAUAAAGCGAGAUGAGCGCCGCAACCCCAGAGUCGGCCACGACUGGACCUAAUGGUCAGGGGUCCCUUUACCCUUUACCUAAUUUAGAGAAAAGGCGAGUAGCAGACAACAUGAUAGGAAUUUAUAGAAUUAUGCCUGGCAUGGAUACUCAUGGAAGUCAAAUGUUGAAAGAUUCAGGACAGAUAAGUUCUUCCUGCAGUGGAGAGUUAAACUGUGGAACUCCAUGAAGGAGUGAUGGCUACCAACCUUGAUGGCUUUAAAAGAGGAUGAGACAAAUUAAUGGAGGAGGCGAAGGUUAUAAACAGCUACUAGCCAGGACAGCUAUGCUCUGUGGGAUGUAAACCACUGGGAGCAGUCAAGUACAACAUUCCUUGUUUUCCUAGAGUGGACAUGCAAGGGGAUGUUUGGUCCAGCCAGUCAAAACUUCCUGUUCCUCCUGGCUGGAGCAUCCUUCCUUUUGCAUGUGAUAGAAGGUGGGCGUGACCUUACCUGUCCAGGUAACAAAAGGACAAAUCACGCAGCACACCUCUCUCUUUUUGACUUCUUCGUUUGACCAGCUUCUAGCUAGGACUGCUCUGCUAGAUCUCAGCUAGCAGAGGCAAUAGGAUUAUUCCCCCAUAUGGGGUAGAUCCACAUGUACAUAUUUGCAACUAAGUCUACCUUCAGGAAUCCAACUGUGAACUGAUGUGAGUAAACUUAUUUUAUUGACUUUGAAUAAGAUUGUGACGUCUUUAUUCUUUUAAGAGGGAUUCAAGGGAACUUACCAGGAAUGUACAAUUCAAUCUGAGACAGACUGAAUUGCAUAAUAGUGAGAGGCUCACACGAACCUGCAACCAGCUAUCUGCUGUGCAUGUAAAAAGGGGAAUGUAAACUCUGCUAAGUAAAGGGACUUGCUAGUGCAAGUUAGGAAAGAUAUUAAUAAACAAUAUAUCCUCUCCUGCCACCCUGAACAUUCCCACAUGCUCUGCCUCCACAAUGCUUCUGAAUCCUAGUUGCUGGAAACCCCAGGAGAGGAGAAGGGUCUUGUGUUUGAAACCACGCCUUGCUGCUUUCCCACAGGCAGCUCGUUGGCCACUGUGAGAAGAGGGUGAUGGCCCAGAUAGGCCGCUGGCAGACUGGUCUUAAGUUCUUAUGCUAUGUUUUUAUCAAAGCCAUGGUUUUUGUUUUCCCCCCUCCCUUGCUCCUUACGAGAAAGAUUACUGAGAUGCAGAAGUGUGAGUAGGCAAAAUUUUGUUUUACUCACCCCUGUUUUGCAAACAUUGAGCAAAAGCAGCUAAUUAGCUGCAACACAGAGAGAGGUUAACUACCACGAGCGAAGCUCAAAGGAGAGCAAAACUCACAUUUCAUGCUUCCUCUUAAUAGCCUCUGUGUGAUAAUAGGCAACAAUCAAUGAAAUUCUGUAAGGUCAAGUUUGUUAGAUGGGAGGUUUUGACGGCCGGGAUCUUACAAAGUCCAGGAGGGCACAAGAUGCCGGAAUGAGAGGAUGUUAAUCAGAACCAAUGAGGGCUGUACACCCAUAUUUUUCUCUAAUAUGCUAAGACAGUAUGGUGUAGUGGUUAGAGUGGUGGACUAAAGCAGGGGUCAGCAAACAUUUUCAGCAGGGGGCCAGUCUACUGUCCCUCAGACCUUGUGGGGGGCCGGACUAUAAUUUGAAGGGAAAAAAGGAACAAAUUCCUGUGCCCCACAAAUAACCCAGAGAUGCAUUUUAAAUAAAAGCACACAUUCUACUCAUGUAAAAACGCCAGGCAGGCCCCACAAAUAACCCAGAGAUGCAUUUUAAAUAAAAGCACACAUUCUGUUGUUGUUGUUGUUGAGUCGUUUAGUCAUGUCCGACUCUUCGUGACCCCAUGGACCAGAGCACGCCAGGCACUACUGUCUUCCACUGCCUCCUGCAGUUUGGUCAAACUCAUGCUGGUAGCUUCAAGAACACUGUCCAGCUAUCUCAUCCUCUGUCGUCCCCUUCUCCUUGUGCCCUCCAUCUUCCCCAAGAUCAGGGUCUUUUCCAGGGAGUCUUCUCUUCUCAUGAGGUGGCCAAAGUCUUGGAGCCUCAGCUUCAGGAUCUGUCUUUCCAGUGAGCACUCAGGGCUGAUUUUCUUCAGAAUGGAGACGUUUGAUCUUCUUGCAGUCCAUGGGACUCUCAAGAGUCUCCUCCAGCACCAUAAUUCAAAAGCAUCAGUUCUUCGGCGAUCAGCCUUCUUUAUGGUCCAGCUCUCACUUCCAUACAUCACUACUGGGAAAAUCAGAGCUUUGAUUAUAAGGACCUUUGUUGGCAAGGUGGUGAUGUCUCUGCUUUUUAAGAUGCUGUCUAGGUUUGUCAUUGCUUUUCUCCCAAGAAGCAGGCAUCUUUUAAUUUUGCAGCUGCUGUCACCAUCUGCAGUGAUCAUGGAGCCCAAGAAAGUAAAAUCUCUCACUGCCUCCAUUUCUUCUCCUUCUAUUUGUCAGGAGGUGAUGGGACCAGUGGCCAUGAUCUUCGUUUUUUUGAUGUUGAGCUUCAGACCAUAUUUUGCGCUCUCCUCUUUCACCCUCAAUAAAAGGUUUUUUAAUUCCUCCUCACUUUCUGCCAUCAAGGUUGUGUCAUCUGCAUAUCUGAGGUUGUUGAUAUUUCUUCCGGCAAUCUUAAUUCCAGCUUGGGAUUCACCUUAGAGACCAACUAAGUUUGUCUGGGUAUAAGCUUUCGUGUGCAUACACACUCCUUCAGAUACCUUCUUCUUCUUUGGUGGUCCCUCGUAGCCAAGUAAGAUCGUCUUCCAUGAACACAGUCUUAACAAUGAGUCCGUAAGUGACUGUGGAGGCCAAUUCUGGAUCCACACGUCCUUCCACAGUGGGGACAUUGGUUUCUGGGCUGGAGCUGAUCAAGGUGUGAAUUUGCCAAGCAUUCUUUCCUCUUAGCACAUUUCUCCCUUGCGUCCUGAGCAGUGGCGUAGCGUGGGUUGUCAGCACCCGGGGCAAGGCAAGUAAUUUGCGCCCCCUAACCCGUGAAUUUGCGCCCCCUAACCCUAACCCCCAGAUGUUGCACCCGGUGCGGCCGGCCCCCCCUGCACCCCCCACGCUAUGCCACUGGUCCUGAGUUCGUGUGUCUUCAAAGCCCAUGACACCUUUGGUAAAGAUUGUUCUCCAGUUGGAGCACUCACAGGCCAGUGUUUCCCAAUUAGAAUCAUAGAAUCAUAGAGUUGGAAGAGACCAUAAGGGCCAUCAAGUCCAACCCCCUGCCAAGCAGGAAACACCAUCAGAGCACUCCUGACAUAUGGUUGUCAAGCCUCUGCUUAAAGACCUCCAAAGAAGGAGACUCCACCACACUCCUUGGCAGCAAAUUCCACUGUCGAACAGCUCUUACUGUCAGGAAGUUCUUCCUAAUGUUUAGGUGGAAUCUUCUUUCUUGUAGUUUGGAUCCAUUGCUCCGUGUCCGCUUCUCUGGAGCAGCAGAAAACAACCUUUCUCCCUCCUCUAUGUGACAUCCUUUUCUAUAUUUGAACAUGGCUAUCAUAUCACCCCUUAACCUCCUCUUCUCCAGGCUAAACAUGCCCAGCUCCUUAGCCGUUCCUCAUAAGGCAUCGUUUCCAGGCCUUUGACCAUUUUGGUUGCCCUCCUCUGGACACGUUCCAGUUUGUCAGUGUCCUUCUUGAACUGUGGUGCCCAGAACUGGACACAGUACUCCAGGUGAGGUCUGACCAGAGCAGAAUACAGUGGCACUAUUACUUCCCUUGAUCUAGAUGCUAUACUCCUAUUGAUGCAGCCCAGAAUAGCAUUGGCUUUUUUAGCUGCCGCGUCACACUGUUGGCUUAUGUCAAGUUUGUGGUUGACAUGAGCCAACAGUGUGGUCAAACAAUUGUUGUGGUCAACAGUUUGUGGUCAAACAAUUGUUGUGGUCAACAGUUUGUGGUCAAACAAUUGUUGGUGUUUAUACUACAUUUUUUUUUAGUUUUGCCUUGAGACAGUCUUUAAACCUCUUUUGUUGACUACCAGCAUCACGCUUUCCAUUUUUAAGUUUGGAAUAGAGUAGUUGCUUCAAAGCAACUACUCUUCAUAUCUGUAUACUUUAUACAGGCUGCUUUUCCCGGUGAUGCUUUCAGUGAGCAAUGUUGACGCUUGUUUUCUUGUGCAGAUUACACACAAAAACCACUUUAUCCCGAGAACAUUUUCUCAUCAGGAAUUGUCACCCAGCCCUGCUAAGCAGCCGGCAAUGUGUGCCUCUAGUAUUUGCAAGCAUUUGCUGCCAGUGUUCUGAUCUGUGCUACAGUACCCAAGCUGUUCGCUUUGCACUCAGACAGCCUCGCCGCUUUGCAAAAGUGCCAAUACAAGCUUAAAAAUAAUGCUGCAGAGAAAAAGUCUGUUGUUGCUUUUAAUUUGGGUUCAGAGAAGGUUGAUUUCUUUCCAAUCUGUUAUCUCUACUCCUCUUUGAAUGUCGUGGUUUUUAAAAUAAAAUUGGCCUCAGUUGGCUGGCGGUGGCACCUAAGGAAUUCAGCGACUCCAGCUAUUUAAAGCUUUCUCCCUGUUGAUGUCAGCCUGCCCUAAACUGCUAAUGUUAUAAACCAAAAAGCAUCAAGCAUGAUCAAUAUUCAUGUCUCUCCCUCUCUCUUCUUUUCCACCUGGUGGCCCAGCUGUACCCCAUUUGGGCAGAGACACCCCAACUUCUGUUUUCUAUGCUCUGGAAACUUCCAGACAGUGCUUUUUUCUGGAAAUAAGGUGGGGAAACGGACCAUGAAGUUUAUUGUGGGCUCAGUCCCCCCAGAUUAUUGCAGUGCCGCCCCCGCCCCCUGAGCAGUGGCUAAAUGUAAGACGUGAUUAAUAAGCUCAAGUAGACAAUGAUCUGGAUGAGAAAUGGCCACAACUUUAUUGAUUACAGAUAUACAGUGGUACCUCAGGUUACAGACACUUCAGGUUACAGACUCCGCUAACCCAGAAAUAGUACCUCAGGUUAAGAACUUUGCUUCAGGAUGAGAACAGAAAUGGCGCGGCAGCAGCGGGAGGCCCCAUGUGCUGGGCCCGGGGGUAACCCGAGUAAUGAGGUCCAGGUCCAGUCCCAAAUCCAAGGGUUCUUCAAAGAGUUAGUCCGACAGGGCCAAGGCAGGAAACCAGGCUAGGUCAGGUACAGGGUCACAGGCAGGUUCUGGCAAACAGCAAUGUUGCUCCCGCGACCUGGGGCGAGGUCCGACAGCCUUUUAUCUUUGUCGGGGUAGCGGCCGGUCCUGAUCCCACAGCGACUCACCUCCCUGUCUUCCCCGAAGGUGAGCACUCCUCCUGCGAGUACUCAGGUCUCUCCUUCUCUCAGACCUGAGUCUCUGCAGCCCAGGAGACGUCGGUGGGUUACUAGAUCCAGAGGCCGCCUCAGCCUCCCCUGACCCAACUGGUAGUGGAGCAGCUGUAAGUGAUGGCCCAGCUGAAAGCAAUGAGGUCAUCCCCACAUCUGGAGCCAGGGCAGGAUCAGGCCCCUGACUCGGCCCAGCUGGUGCUUGUUGCAGGGGAACCUGUGCAGACUGGGGCUCUUCAGAAUCAGGCCCCAGACUUGGUUCAGAUGAUGCCUGAGGCAAAGGAUCUGGUGUGGACUGAGACUCCUCUGGUUCCGAGUCUGAGCCCGAGUCCCAGGCCAUUACACCCCAUUAGCUAAAGUGGUACCUCAGGCUAAGAACAGUUUCAGGUUAAGAACGGACCUGCAGAACGAAAUAAGUUCUUAACCCAAGGUACCACUGUAGGUGGAUUUUUGGCUGAGGCAUUGGGUCUGUUCCAGCCCCGCCACUGGAAAAAAAUAUUUAAUUUUAAAGAAGGUAAGGGAACUCAGUUCCCUCGAGUUCCUGCUCCAAAAAUACUCCAUGCUUUUCUUUUCUUUGAUCUGAAUCUUCCAACGUUGAGCUUCAUUGAAGGUUCAUGAGUUCUAGAACUAUGAGAGACUGCGGGGGGGGCCUUUAUUCACUUUCUCCAUGCCACGCCAUUUUAUAAACUUCCAUCAUGUUCUUAUGGACCUCUCCUUUGCUUGUGAAACUCUGUAAUAAAGGAUUCGCGGUUGGUGUCAAUGUAUAAAACAUGGGAACGAUUUUUUAAAAGAAGCCCUUCAUUUUUCAUCCUGGAAUUCAAUCAUCGUCUUGCCCUUAACCUUUUGAACGCAGGAGAAUCCUUAGCAUUUGACCCUCCCCUGAGAAUUUUCCAUCCCCACUGAAUCCGCACGAAGCUUUCCUCCCUUCCCAGCCAAUCUACUGCUUGCGGUUCAGCAACAGCGUUUUGCUGUGCUGUUCCCCACGGGAGGAGAGCGUGCGUUACGGCGCUCAGAUAUUGGAGACGGUCUCUUAACCUUCCUUCUGCAAUUGCUUCGCCCAGUGGGGCGCACGCCUGGACUUGCAAGCAAAUACCAGCGGCGUGAACGAAGAGGCCACGGAAAUUGAGAGCAAAAGACAGGCAGCGGAGGGGGAAGAGGAGGGCAGGGGAUGGGCAGCCUGUGUGGGUUCAUAGAAUCAGUGCUUUUUUUCUAAAAAAUGUCUAGGGGUACAGUCAUACCUUGGGUCAGAGACGCUUCAGGUUGCGCGUUUUCGGGUUACGGAUAUGCUGAAACCCGGAAUGGGUUAUUUCCGGCGCUUGCGCAUGUGCAGAACUGGUAAAUUGCACUUUGCACACGCGCAGAAGUGCUGAAUCGCAACCCAAGCGUGCACAGAUGUGGCGCUGCAGGUUGCAAACGUGCCUCCCGCACGGAUCACGUUCACAACCCAAGCGUCCACUGUACUCUCAUUUUGACUCAAGAAAAUCACCAUUUUAUAGUUCAAAUCAGGGAAAAUAUAUACAGUGGUACCUCAGGUUACAUACGCUUCAGGUUACAGACUCCGCUAACCCAGAAAUAUUACCUCGGGUUAAGAACUUUGCUUCAGGAUGAGAACAGAAAUCGUGCUCCAGCAGCGCAGCAGCAGUAGGAGGCCCCAUUAGCUAAAGUGGUGCUUCAGGUCAAGAACAGUUUCAGGUUAAGUACAGACCUCUGGAAUGAAUUAAGUACUUAACCCGAGGUACCACUGUACAGUAAACGGACAAAAGUACAAAGAUUCACAAAAUGUUUAGGGUUCAGGUAGGUAGCCAUGCUGGUCUGACGCAGUCGAAAUAUAUUUAAAAAAUUGUCCAGUAGCACCUUAGAGACCAAUUAAGUUUGUUCUUGGUAUAAGCUUUCGUGUGCAUACACACUUCUUCAGAUACACUGAAACAGAAGUCACCACAUGCCCAAGGAUUAAGACAUUCUGGGAGAUGAUUUAUAACGAAAUGAAAAAGGUAUUCAAAUAUACCUUCCUGAAGAAACCAGAGGCCUUUCUCCUGGACAUGAUCGGCCAAUUGGUGACAAAGAAGGAUAGAACUUUCUUUAUGUAUUCAACAACAGCAGCAAGGAUACUCAUCGCAAAAUACUGGAAGACACAAGAUUUACCCACCCGGGAAGAAUGGCAGAUGAAGUUGAUGGACUAUAUGGAAUUGGCGGAAAUGACUGGCAGAAUCCGAGACCAGGGAGAAGAGUUGGUGGAAGAAGAUUGGAAAAAAUUUAAAGAUUAUUUACAGAAAUACUGUAAAAUCAAUGAAUGUUAGAAUGAUGUCAGAAUGAAGUUAAGUGGUUUUAGCAGCAAUGUUAUAAGGAAUUAAGUAUAAAUAGAUUAAUAGAGUAUUAAAGGAAAAAAUAAGGUUAGAAUGAGCUAAGAUAAUUAUAGGAUAGAAAACAGAGGAAGAUGGAAAGGAAUUGCUGAAAUAAUUAACAGAAGUGGAAUACAAAAAGGGAGGUGUGAGGAGGUCGUGGAAAUAAGUGAAUGAAAGAUGGGAUAAUGAAAUUGUUUGAUUUAUUUUAUUGUUUUUGUUUUGUUUGGUUAGUUUAAUGUAUUGUAUUGUAUUGUUUCUUUUUUAGUGUUUAAUUUUUUUGGAAAAGUAGUAAAUAUUAUUUUUUUUAAAAAAAAUGAAACAGAAGUCACCAGACCCUUAUAUAUAGUGAGAGGGUGGGGAGGGGUAUUACUCAGAAGGGUAGUAGGAGAUGCGUGAUUGACUCAGUGGGUGUUGUAAACCUGUUGACGGCUGUUAAUGUUUAGGGGUUUGCGUAGCCCUGCAUCCCCCCCAGAAAAAAACACUGCAUAGAAUCAUAAAAUUCAAUUGGAAGGGUCCCUAGUGUCAUCUAGUCCAACCCCCUGCGAAGCAGGGAUCACAGCUCCAGAAUCCAUGACAGGUGUCCACCCAACCUCUGCUUAAAAACCUCCAAGGAAGGAGAGUCCACCCGCUUCUGAGGGAGUCCAUUCCAGAGCCAAACAGCUAUGGAGUUUAUCUCAGUGAAGACCUUACUUGGAAAAUCAAUACAACCAAGGUGGUUAAGAAAGCCCAACAGAGACUCCAUCUCCUCAGAGUAUUGAAGAAGAAUGAUGUCAAUCAACAUUUGAUGAUCUCCUUCUACCAGUCCACAAUAGAAAGUGUCCUUUCCUACUGCAUCACGGUGUGGUAUGCUGGUUUGACCUCAACUGAUAGGAAGUGCCUACAGAGGGUGGUGAAUACAGCACAAGAUAUUAUGGGCUGUCCCGUGAAUCCACUGGAUGAAAUAGUGGAAGAAGGUUGCCUCAGGAGAGUGAGGAAAAUUCUCAGGGAUGAUUCACACCCUGGCCGGCACUUUCUUGAUCUCCUGCCCUCGGGCAGAAGAUAUAGAAGCAGGAUUAGUCGCACCAACAGGGUAAAGAACAGCUUCUAUCCGUGGGCUGUUAGGCUGCUGAAUGAAAAGAUAACAGCAGGGCAACUGACUUUUGGGUUUGAUGUGUGUGUGUCAGUAAACAAGGGGAAUUAAGACUAAGAGAGCUGAGUGGGGGGUGCUGGUGUAAUUUCACUGUAUACAAGUUAUUCAAGUGACAAUAAAGUAUUUUGAUUAAUGUCAAAAAGUUCUUCCUAAGGGUUAGCUGGAAUCUCCUUUACAGUACUGUCAUUUUUAUCCUGUAUUUUUAUCUUGCGAACCACCCUGAGAUCUUUGGAUGAAGAGCGUAUAUAAAUUUGAUUAAUAAUAAUAGUCCAUUGGUUCAGUCCUUCCCCUGGAUGAGCUGUGUGUAAAACCAAGAACCAUCGCAGGAAGAUAAGGAGCUCCCUUACACCAAGUCAAAUCUCUGCCCACCCAGCCCUGUGCAGUUCUCCAGAAUUGCAGCACAUAGUGAAUUUCAAAUCCACGGUUGAAGAGCUAUUUCCCCCAUCUAUAAGUUCUGAGGCCAAAGCAGGACAUCCUUUUGGGAAUAUUCAGGGUGGCAGGAGAGGAUAUAUUCUUUGUUAAUAUCCUUCCUAACUUGCACUAGCAAGUUCCUUUACUUAUCAGAGUUACAUUCCUCUUUUUACAUGCACAGCAGAUAGCUGGUUGCAGGCUCGUGUGAGCCUCUCACUAUUACACAAUUCAGUCUGUCUCAGAUUUAAUUGUACGUUCCUAGUAAGUUCCCUUAAAUCCCUCUUAAAAGAAUAAAGACGUCACAAUCUUAUUCAAAGUCAAUAAAAGAAGUUUACUCACAUCAGUUCACAGUUGGAAUCCUGAAGGCAGACUUAGUUACAAAUAGGUACAUGUGGAUCUACCCCAUAUGGGGGAAUAAUUCUAUUGCCUCUGCUAGCUGAGAGCUAGCAGAGCAGUCCUAGCUAGAAGCUGGUCCAACGAAGGAGGGAAUCAAAAAGAGGGAAGGGUGCUGCGUGACUUGUCCUUUUGUUACCUGGACAGGUAAGGUCACGCCCACCUUUUAUCACAUGCAAGAGGAAGGAUGCUCCAGCUAGGAGGAACAGGAAGUUUCGACUGGCUGGACCAAACAUUCCUUUGCAUGUCCACUCUAGGAAAACAAGGAAUGUUGUACUUGACUGCCUCUCAUGGAUCACAUCCCACACCCUUACAUCUCCCCUCUCUUCCUGCAGACCUUCCGAUGGCCCGUUGCAAGCAGCAUCGACGUCAACGAGAUGCUGGAGGUCCAAGUCUUCAACUACAGCAAAGUCUUUUCCAACAGGUCAGUGGCGUUCUGCAUGUCUGGGGUGAGUUUUGUUCCUCCACCUUUGGGGCUUUCUUAAGAGAGCCCCCACAACAUGUGCAGGUUCUUCCCAACGUCUUCCAAGGAUUAGACAAAUUCAUGGAGGGGGAGGAGAGGGCUGUAGAUGAUUACUAGCCAGGAUGCUAUGCUCAGCCUCCAUAGAUGGAGACAGCAAUGCUUCUGAAUGCCAGAUGCUGGAAACUGCUGGAGAUGAGAUGCUCAAAUCCUGCUUGCUGGUCUUCCACAGGCAUCUGGUUGGCCACUGUGAGGACCGGGUGCUGGACUACAUGGUGGGAUAGGAUAUAUUGUUUAUUAAUAUCUUUCCUAACUUGCGUUAGCAAGUUCCUUUACUUAGCAGUUUACAUUCCCCUUUUUACAUGCACAGCAGAUAGCUGGCUGCAGGCUCGUGUAAGCCUCUAACUAUUAUACAAUUCAGUCUAUCUCAGAUUGUGAGUCAAUCCCAUAUGGAGAGAGUCUUUUUGUCCUCUGUUGGCUGAAAGCCAACAGGGCAGCUCUAGUUAAAAAGCUGCUCCAACGACGAGAGGAAGUCAAAAAGAGAGAGAGUGCUGCGUGCCUUGUGCUUUUGUUACCUGCACAGGUAAGGUCACGCCCACCUCUAGUAACAUGCAAGAGGAAGGAUGCUCCAGGCCAGGAGGAAACAGGAAGUUUUCAAUCGGCUGGACCAAACAUCCCCCUGCAUGUCCACUCUAGGAAAACAAGGAAUGUUGUAUUUGACUGCUACUUAUGUAUCACAUCCCAUAGGGCUGGUAUCCCACCUUGAACUGCCUACAGACCCCUCCUUCAUACUGCAAACUGGUUUGGUACCAUAAGCAGAAAAUUCAUGCCUUCUCUCUUGGUUUCGUUCUCGAGUGCCUGACAAAUUCUAGCAUUUUGGUUUUCAGUACUACAAAGGGGGAGAGCCCAGCAAAUUAGAGAAUUUCCAAAGGCAGCGCAAUGGCACACACAAACCAUUUGUCACAGAAACCCUACGUGGUAGGAAGGCAAUCUCCUUCCACGCAGGACUAUGCCUGAGACAUUUGUUUACCAAGGAGAUGAAAAUAGCAUUUUUUCACCCAAGUCACAAAUUACAGCAAUCUGAGCCUGAACCAAGUGUGAAAUUCCUUCCCAAGUUUCGUUGGGUGGAAGAAAGGUGCUUCCACAGCAGAUGAGGAAAGACUGCACAUCUGUUGAGAAAUUGUGUGGGUUUUUCUUUUUUAUACAAUAAAAUAAAAUCGGGAUUAAGGGAUUUUCUUAGGAUGGUGGAGGACGUGUGUGUGCUGGGUCCCCUUGGUGUUGGGGUGUUGGCAAUUGUCCUCUUUCCGAUAGGAAAUGCUCAGGUGUGUGUGUGGGAAAACACAUGAAAAUCUGCCCUUAUUCCCUUAUGGGGGACACAAGAGCCCUCUUAGAGUCCUUUGUAGGUUCUCCAUCAGUCGGAGAAAAUAGCAGAGGCCAACCAGAGAAUAUUGAGAAGCAAAGCAGCUCAUAAGCCUGAUCUUUAUUGAACUGUUGCAACAGGCUUCCCCCUUCACACGCAGGAAAGGAGGAGGACCCAGAACCAAGGUGUGUCCGCCCUUAUAUAGACAUUUUAAAUUGCCUGCCUUGGAGUCCAAGACCACCCCCAGAAACAUCAUACCUACAUCACAGAAGAGGCGGUCUACAACAGAAAUCUGAGUGCCUUGUUUACCUCCUGUCUGGCAGGUUACCAGUUAAUGGUCACUUGAUCGGAUACCCUGGGGAGCCUGGCCAGUCUUUUGUAGUGACAAAUACUUAGUUCCUGAGCCAGGUCACAGGCUCACCCUAUUCAUACACAGACAUACCCUUAAGACAGGAUUUGUGAAGGAAAAGACAAUGGGGAGGCUUUUCCAUUUUCCUUGCAGAGAAAACAUUUGGUCAGUUUGGAAGUCAAAAUGGUUCCAGGGCUGUUUUCCUGUGCUGCUUCAGACAUGUGGUUCAUAUAUUAAUAUACAUGUUUGCUUGGUAGAAGAAGAAGAAGAAGAGUUUGGAUUUGAUAUCCCACCUUUCACUCCCCUUCAGGAGUCUCAAAGCGGCUGACAUUCUGCUUUCCCUUCCUCCCCCACAACAAACACUCUGUGAGGUGAGUGGGGCUGAGAGACUUCAAAGAAGUGUGACUGGCCCAAGGUCACCCAACAUAUAUAUAAUAAAUGUUCAUAAAUGUACAUUUAUGAACAUUUAUUAUAUAUAUAAGACCUUAAUUUUUUUAUUUCAGAGGGGAGAGAGAGAAAUGCCCCUAUUUUCAACUGAGAAAUGUUGGAGGGUAUGAUGCAGCCCUCCGUCUGUUCGGAUCUCUCAGCUGCAGUCGUCUUCCCCCAUUGCAUUUGAAGCAUUUGAUCCUAUUGUCACUCUACCUCCCCUUUCCCCCUCUGACAUUUGGCCCUGGCUGAUUCAGUUACCUCCACUGGGCAACUCAAUAGCUCCGUCUUGCCAUGACCUCUUAUUCUGUCCAAGGCGUUUUAGCCAAGGAAGUCCAGGGGAGAACAAGGAAAUAUGCAUUUGUGACGGUCGAUGUCCCCCUAGUUCCUGAUCACGGCACUGGGGAUUUUUAGAAACUUGUAA